GUCACGCAUGUGUUCCGUUUGGGGACCUCGACGUUGAUUAACGAGGUCAGUUAGAAAUGAAAGUACAAACUACUCUUCUCUUCGUGUUUACCACGAUCAGCCAAAUAUGUUUGGGAGCAAAGAUCGCUUUUUUACCACAAUUUGGACGAAGCCAUACUCUUGUAAUGCAGAAACURGCGAAUGGACUUCAAGCUCGAGGACAYAAGGUAACGCAGAACAACAAGCGUCAAGUUACGAUCAUAGUUGGCGGUGAAGCGACGUACGCGUCCAACAAUCCCAAUGCCAAGCUCUUCAAGGUUACUGACGAGUUCUUAGAACAACACAAGGUUGAAAUGGAUAUGAUGAAGUCUGACUUUACUCUUCUGAACGAUAUGCCAGCAUAUGCUGGAAUUAUAUGGCUGACUUGGAAACAAACUUGGUAUUGUGAUUUGAUGCUAAGUGAUCAGAUCAUUGUAGACGAGUUAAAAACAGCCGAUAUCAUCAUUGGUGAUACUCUAUAUCCUUGCUCUUAUCUCGUAGCUGACAUGCUCAGUGUACCUCAUGUUGGUGUUCACAUGAUAAGACACAUUGGGAUAUUACAUGGAAUUACAAACUACCCAUCGUAUAUUCCACAAUACGGAUCCCUCGUGCCUACCAGCAUGAGAUUUCUAGACAGAUUAACCAAUUUKAAAGUCUAUUUACAAAACUUGUAUGUCAGAGAGGUGUAUGUUUUUCCUGGGUUCGAGAAAAUCAAGAUUAAAYACAAUAUUAAACCACAGAAGAGUAUCAARGAAACCAUGGCAACGAUUGAUUUGAUAUUGUUGGAAAAGGACUUCACUGUGCAGUAUCCACAGCCUGUACCCCCCUGUAAGUACCUGCAUCAACUUUUAUGUGCGAUGUCGUGAAAUCUUCUACUCCCCUCUAAAAGAU